GGGAGGGCAGGGCGCGCGGACCCCGCUCUCCGUCCGCAGACUCCGCGCCUGACCGAGCGCGCUGGGCACUCGCUGGCCGCCCGCGCACCGACGUAGCGGGGCGCCGCGGGAGCCCGUGCGGGGCGGCCGUCCGUCCAUGCGGCAGCGCUCGGGAAGCACGCGGGGCUGAAGCCGCGGCCGCUCCGGACCAGUCCAGUUGUUGAAAACCGCUUGAGCCUGCAGAGAACUGGGGACACCUCUGAGGAGCCCUUGCUAGGAUCCGCAGCAUCAUGGUUUUCCAUUUCAGAAGCUGUCUCAGGUCUUCUAUAUCCUAUGUUGGCCUUGAACUCUCUAAACCAAGGAUGACCUUUGAACUUCUGAUCUUCCCAAUUCCACCUCCAGAGGCUGGGAUUGUGUGUGUGCACCACCAUGUCUUGGUUAUGGAGUGGUGGGAGUCGAAUCCGUGACUGUGUGUGCACUGGGCAGUCCUCACACCAGCUGAGUGCCCUGGGCACCCUCCUGCUGCUUGGUUUUCAGCUUGUCUGCCCGCAGCCCUCCACCGAACACAGAAAGGUCCCGCAACGGAUGGCCGUGGCCGAGGGAACCCCGGAGGACAGCAGUGGCGGCUCCCCAGGCGUGUGGGGUUCCUGGGGUCCCUGGUCUGCCUGCUCGCGCAGCUGCAGCGGCGGUGUGAUGGAGCAGACCCGGCCCUGUCUGCCCAGCUCCUACCGUGCCGGAGGCGGCCCACGACCCAGUGGCCCUUCGCUGUCCAUCACUGGCCACGUUGUGUCAGCUGUGCGCACCUCAGUGCCACUGCUUCGAAGCCGCGAGGAGCAGCGCGCCCCAGCUGGCUCCGAUACCAGCCGCCCCGGCCCCAUAGUGGUUCGGGGCAGCCGACACCCACAGGCCCGGGGCCGUGAACCCUCUGUGAGAAGGGGCAGGACCCGAGGUCCCAUCGGCCCUGGCAAGUAUGGCUAUGGGAAGGCUCCCUACAUCUUACCACUGCAGACGGACACCACGCACACCCCACAGAGGCUUCGGAGACAGCGGCCGUCAUCCAGGCAUUCCAGGUCCCGGGAGGCACCCUCUUCUCGACAGGGCUACAGGCCCCCGAGCCGCCCAUUUUCCCACAGUGGCUCUCAGUCUGCACUGCCAGCUUCGGAGGCCUCUCGCUACCAGCUGCCUUUGACUCACGAUCAAAGCUACCCUGCAGCUUCCAGUCUCGUCCACAGCCCAGAAAUGAGCAGCGUCAAUGGUGCUAGGCCCCGUGGGGCGGCUCAGGCCUUUCCCCAUCGUCUUCGGUCUGCUGCGAUCUCAUGCAUUGGGGCCUAUCGGCAGUACAAACUGUGCAACACCAACGCGUGUCCAGAAAGCGGAAGAAGUAUCCGGGAGGUGCAGUGUGCAUCCUACAACAAUAAGCCAUUCAUGGGCCGGUUUUAUGAAUGGGAACCAUUUGCAGAAGUAAAGGGUAAUCGCAAGUGUGAGUUGAACUGCCAGGCAACCGGCUACCGCUUCUACGUGCGACAAGCCGAGAAGGUCAUCGACGGCACCCCCUGUGAUCAGAACGGCACGGCCAUCUGCGUGUCGGGACAGUGCAAGAGCAUUGGCUGUGACGACUUCCUGGGAUCCGACAAAGUUGUGGACAAGUGUGGGGUGUGUGGAGGUGACAACUCGGGCUGCCAGGUGGUGUCCGGAGUGUUCAAGCACGCCUUCACCAGCCUGGGCUACCACCGCGUGGUAGAGAUUCCCCAGGGAGCCACCAAAAUUAACAUCACAGAGAUGCACAAGAGCAACAACUAUUUAGCCUUGCGAAGUCGCUCGGGCCGCUCCAUCAUCAACGGGAACUGGGCCAUCGACCGCCCGGGGAAGUACGAGGGCGGAGGGACCAUGUUCACCUACAAGCGGCCCAACGAGAUCUCCAGCACGGCCGGGGAGUCCUUUCUGGCUGAAGGCCCCACCAACGAGAUCCUGGAUGUCUAUAUGAUACACCAGCAGCCCAACCCAGGAGUCCACUACGAGUACGUGAUCAUGGGCCACAACGCCAUCAGCCCACAGGUGCCACCCCACAGGAGACCAGGAGAACCUUUCAAUGGGCAGUUGGAAGCGGAAGGUAGAGGCCAGGAGGACAGAGAAGACAGGGAGAAGAGCCAGGAGAAGGAAGACCCACAUGGCGAGGCCCCUGAGGUGUUCACAUCAGAAUCCACACAGACCUUCCCAGUGAGGCAUCCCGACAGAUUCCCCUCCCACCGACCAGACAACCUGGUACCCCCAGCUCCGCAGCCCCCCAGGCGAAGCCGGGACCACAACUGGAAGCAGCUGGGGACAACAGAAUGCUCCACCACCUGUGGGAAAGGAUCGCAGUACCCUGUCUUCCGCUGUGUGCACAGAAACACCCACGAGGAGGUUCCCGACAGCUACUGCGACCCCAGCAUGAAGCCGACCCCGGAGGAGGAGCCCUGCAGCCUGUUCCCCUGCCCAGCCUUCUGGGACAUCGGGGAGUGGUCCGAGUGCAGCAAAACCUGUGGCCUGGGCAUGCAGCACCGCCAGGUCCUGUGCCGCCAGGUGUAUGCCAACCGCAGCCUGGCCGUGCAGCCCUACCGCUGCCAGCACCUGGAGAAGCCAGAGACCACCAGCACCUGCCAGCUCAAGAUCUGCAGCGAGUGGCAGAUUCGGACCGACUGGACUUCGUGCUCAGUGCCCUGCGGGGUGGGGCAGCGGAAGCGAGAUGUCAAGUGUGUGAGCAACAUCGGGGACGUGGUGGACGACGAGGAGUGCAACAUGAAGCUCCGGCCGAACGACAUCGAGAACUGCGACAUGGGGCCCUGUGCCAAGAGCUGGUUCCUCACAGAAUGGAGCGAGAGGUGCUCGGCGGAGUGUGGGGCCGGAGUGAGGACUCGUUCUGUGGUGUGCAUGACCAACCUUGUCAGCAGCCUGCCUCUGGAAGGCUGCGGCAACAACCGGCCAGCAGAGACUACGCCGUGUGACAACGGGCCCUGCACAGGCAGGGUGGAGUGGUUCACUGGCGGCUGGAGUCAGUGCUCUGUUGAGUGUGGCAGUGGGACACAGCAGAGGGAGGUGAUCUGUGUUAGGAAGAAUGCAGACACCUUUGAAGUGCUAGACCCUUCUGAGUGUUCCUUCCUGGAGAAGCCCCCAAGCCAGCAAGCCUGCCACCUCCAGCCCUGCGGAGCUAAAUGGUUCAGCACAGAGUGGAGCAUGUGCUCCAAGAGCUGCCAAGGCGGGUUCCGCGUGCGGGAAGCGCGGUGCCUGUCGGACGACGCCACCCCGGGGAGCCUGUGCGACCCCCGCUUGAAGCCAGAGGAGAGAGAAUCCUGUAAUCCGCAGGACUGCAUCCCUGAAGUUGAUGAGAACUGCAAGGACAAGUACUACAACUGCAACGUGGUGGUCCAGGCGCGCCUCUGCGUCUACAGCUACUACAAGACGGCCUGCUGCGCCUCCUGCGCCCGAGUGGCCGGCAGACACUCGGGCUUCCUGGGGAGCCGGUAACACCGCCCUCCACACGGUGCCCCGGGGCUUAGAAAGCCACAGCAGCCCUUUGAGCAUAGCUCCAUCCUCCCUUCCUCAAGACCUGGUGCCUGCUCUCGGCGCCUCCGGAAAACCAAGCGUGCAGCUCUCAGCCCAGCCUCAGGCUUGCUGGGCCCAGGUCAGCAGCUGGGCCACUGACCACGCACAGCCUCCUUCCAGGUGCUGCCGGCCUGCCCUUUGGAAAGUGGAGAAAGGACAGAACUCAAUCCUACCACACCAACAAGCCUCGCUGAGACCUGUGUGCCCCUGUUACCCCAGCCCCGCUGUGCCAUCGCCAUUCUUAAAGACAACAGACUGUUUCCUGCCUCAGGACAGAGGCAGCGCACAGGAGGGCUUUCAUCUUUAGCAGGUACACACACUCUCAGACAGUAGCGUGCUGGAAGCUGCAGCACCCCAGAAUGGGCUCAGGGGUCAUUACGUGUCCCCACUUUACCAGCAAGGAAACUGAGGCUCAGCUCGGGUACCUGACCUGCCAUUUUGUGGCAGGGCUAAGUGCCUACCCCAGAUGGCUGAGCACAGCCCUCAUCCCACAACACCACCAGUGGCCAGCCCGGCGUCUGUCCAGGGCCUGGGGCUUCCUGUCCAACCAGGAGGCUGAGAAGUUGUGCGUUCUAUGAACACUUCCUCUGUCCCUAAGUGCUGCCUCAACUGAGAUUUUAGUUCUUUCUGGAUGCCUGCACCCCUGUCCCAUUUCCCUCAGACACAGCCCUGAUGAUAGCACCCUGUGAUGUUUGCUAAGGUCCAACUCAACAGAACUGUCCCACAAGACAAGAAAGCCACUAGGAGAGCUGGGCCGUUGCCAGGGAUUCCCUGGGGCGGAGCCAACUCCCAAAUCCCACAGGCUCUUGUUUCACUGUCUUCUGGGUUCUUCACGAUGCGCCCCUAGUGGAAAGGCAAGCCGGUCUUACCAGCAAGUCUCCAUGUUGCAGUAGGAAGGGGCUUACUGGGGCCUUGUGGGUUGACUAACGAGGUUCUGGUCUCCCAGCCCUCUCUUCCACUGUGACUCAUGACUCUUCCCACAAGACUUUGCCAUCAGGAUAAACUUAAGUGCUGGGAGAAGGGGCUAGGAAGCCCUCCCUCCCCGUCUUUGCUGACCCACGUCGUUGCCCUGGCCUGAAGGGACGCGGUAUAUGGAAAGGCAAGCCGUCUCGAGGUGCGUGGGGAGACGAUGAGGGAGAAUAUCCUUUCUUUAAAAUUGUAAAUGUAUAGGAAGUCUCUUCUUUCGGGCCCUGGGCACGUUGCUCUUAAAGCAAGCACAUAUUCCCUGCACAAGCUGCCUCCCGUUGCCUGCACCAGCCUGCAGAGUGAUGAUGCGCAGCUGUGGGGAUAGGGUCUCCUGUCUGACCCGAUGAACUCCGCCAGGAUCCCGCUGGCUGUGGUCUUCCGUGAGUACACUCCCUCCCGGCACCCAUCUCUGUCUGCCUGGGAAGCCAGGCACCACUUCAUCAGCAGUGGCGUCUGUAGGUGCAGACACAGCCCAGCAGAGGCCGCUCUUGCACUGGCAAGCCACCCUUUGGGCAGUUCUGUCCAGUUCCCGCUCUGUCCCUCUUACUGCAGGCCUUGGCUUGUCCCAGCCACUUUUUCUCUUUUUCUUUUUUCCCUUCAUGCAGCGAGUCUCAGACCUUGCUGGACAAACCAGUCAUUUGAAGCAUCGCUUGCGAGGUGUUCGUGUACAUGCCAGAGAGUAAGGCAUGAGCGAUCUGUGGGUUAAGUGAAGGCCGGCGUUAGCUCCAGGGAAGGAAAAUGUUCCAACGACAAAAGCCACCCGGCAGUGGGCUGUCAUGGGGCCCAGAGGACUUCCCUGCACAGAGGGAGCACUCUGCUCCCUCCAGUUCACAAAAUCUCAGGGCUGGGGUGUUGCUGGCUUUGUCCGUCCUGUGUCUCAGAUGUCACCACGCCGUUCUUAGGAACAAUGAUCUUCCUGUAGCAGGUGUAGGUCAGAGCAGACGGGCUAGGUCCGGGUCUUCAGGAAAAUAAAUAAAUAGCAAUAACCAAAAAAAGAAAGAAAAGAAAACACUCCUCUGAGCUCAAUGGAUUUUUUUUUUUUUUUCCGAGGAAAAAGGGCUGUUUCCAGGAGGUCAGUCCCCUUCAGAAGGUGAGAGGCUUCUAGAAUGGGCUCAGCUAGCCUCCUUGUUUCAAAGGCCAGUCUGCAGAUGUCCUGGUUUCUUUCCAUCACUGCAUCCCUAGCACAGUGUAUGCAGGGGGGCCUUGGGCUCCCAGUGACCACCGGGGAUGGCUGCCUGUCCCGCACAUGGUUCCUUAUCCGCCAUCUCCUUCUCAACCCUCUCCACAUUCCCUUCGGCGGUGAUGUGGAAUUGAAAUUUCUGUUUCAAUAUUGAUCCCCCCC